UGGGGCAAAUAUUGAAAUUGAGACUCUCCCUGGGGGCUACUUCCUUGCACUACCUUCCCAUUUCAACAUAACUCAAAUGCUCUUACUGUGUAGUAUGUACUUUCUAACCUAUUUCAUUACCCCAGUAACGAACCCGCUUCCAUAACGCAACCUUCACCUUCGACUUCAAAAAGACGCCGUAUCUUCCGUAUGACAAACCGCUCCCUCCUCCUCACCGGGAUCAACCGAAUCGGUCAUGUAUUCGGCGCGCGAAGCCCGUGGAGCCCCGCGUCGGCUUCACGCGCUUCUUCUGCAUCGUACGCGACAGAGGUGGAGUCGUUAAGGCAUGAACGUGCCGGCGACGCGAAGAGGAACGGAAUUCGGGAAGUGUUGAAAUCGCGCAAACUCAGUCCGUUACACGCGCUUCAGCGUAACAGUUUUUCGCACUUUGAGCUCAGAAGCAUUGCCAGGAGCUUCUUCAAUUCGAAGCGCUACCUCCACGCGCUCGAGGUAUUGAAAUGGAUGGAAAACCAGAAGGAUUUCUGUAUGAUCCCGGCUGAUCAUGCUAUGAAAUUGGAAUUAAUUGUUAAAAAAUAUGGUCUAAUGGAAGCUGAAGAAUACUUUCUCAGUAUACCUGACACAGCUGCUAAGAAAGCUGCUUGUCUCCCACUUCUUCAUGCUUAUGUAAGAGCUAGGGACACGCAUAGAGCCGAGACUUUAAUGGUGAAGCUCUAUGAAUUGGGGCUAGUGGUUAGCCCUCACCCUUACAAUCAGAUGAUGAAAUUGUAUUUGGCUACAUGCGAGUAUAUGAAGGUGCCCCUUGUUAUUGAGCAGAUGAAGCGAAAUAGAAUACCUUGCAAUGUUCUGUCUUACAACCUUUGGAUGAAUGCUUGUGGUGAGGGAGGAAGACACGGGGUUGCAGCUGUAGAGAAGGUUUUUAGAUUAAUGCAAAAUGAUGUUAAAGUUCAAGUGGGGUGGAGCAGUCUUGCUACUUUAGCAAAUGUUUAUAUGAAAGCAGGGCAAUCUGAGAAAGCCAUUAUGGUUCUAAAAUAUGCUAAAGCAAAACUAUCUACCUAUAACCGUCUUGGUUACUUCUUCCUAAUAACCUUGUACACCUCUUUGGGGAAAAAGGAGGAAGUCUUGCAGUCAUGGGAAGCAAGUAAGACGGUUUCUGGAAGAAUUAGUUGUACCAACUAUAUUUGCAUUCUAACAUCUUUGGUGAAGCUUGGGGACAUUGUACAAGCAAAAAGAAUCUUCACUGAAUGGGAAUCUAAUUGUCAAAAGUAUGAUAUCAGAGUCUCUAAUGUUCUUUUGGGUGCAUAUAUGCGAAAAGGAUUAAUUGAAGAAGCCGAAUCAUUACAUAUCCACACUUUGGAGAAGGGUGGUAGUCCUAACUACAAGACUUGGGAGAUUCUCAUUGAAGGGUUUGUCAAAAGCCAAAAAAUGGACAAGGCCAUUGUUGCUAUGAAGAGAGCUUUGGCAAUGAUGAAAGAUUGUAACUGGAGGCCAUCACAUGGACUUAUAUUAGCUAUUGCUGAGUAUUUGGAGAAGCAUAAAAAUUUUGAAUAUGCAAAUGAGUUUAUAAGAGAUAUCCGUGAUUUUGGUCUUGUAAAUAUAUCACUGUACAAAAUAUUGCUUAGAAUGCACCUUUAUGUUGGAAAACCUCCUUUCCGUAUUCUUAAAAUGAUUGAGGAAGAUAAUAUUGAGAUGGACAAUGAGGCUCUUGCAAUUCUUAAAGCCUUUAAUAGGUAGUAGAUACUAGAUAGUCAUUCAGAGGCUAAAAGAUGGAUGAUUUUGAUGAUGAUGAGUUGGACUUUGAAACAUCAAAUAUUCGAGGGACAUGAUGUUGAAUCCAAUACUCUUUAUGGGAUUUUAAUUCUUCAGAUUUCAUAAAACAGUGGCUAUUCAUAUGAAGCAGAGAUUUGUUGGCCAUUACAGUGUUGGAACUGAUACAAAAUUGGCCACUUUGCUCGGUUAAAGAGACAUAUGCUAUCUCAUGUGAUUUUACAAAUUUGUGAAUCAUCUUCUGCAAAAUGCCCCCUAAAAGCUAGUAAAACUGUUGCUAGUGGAAGUGAUGAUGGCAGAUACUGGUAGACUCGUAAAAAUGCUGAAUGUUGUGGAUUGUGUACAAUGCUGCUCAUCCAUUUGAUUUCAUGGGUUGGCUUAUAUCCUCUAUAAUGAGUUCACGGGUGGUUCCAUUUUGCUGAUUCAGAAGGGUUCUAGGGUGCCUUUUUGGGAAGGUGAAAACUCAUAUGUAGAUGUCUUCACGUGAAAUUGAUAGUUGAAAAUCGUUAGAUGCUAAUUUAUUCAUCUAACACUUUUUGACUAUCAACUUCACGUGAAACCAUCUACACAUGAGUAAUGAUAUAUAUACACUUUCUUAAACAUCAUCCUAAUUAUUCUCUUUACUUCUCAAGGUAUAUAUAUUAGAAAAAAAAAGGUACUCAAUAUCUUGCCCGCUAAGAGACUAGAGAGUAGGAGGAUAAUUAGAGAAUGGUUUAGGAGUAUAUAUAUUGAGUUUAGAAUUGUGCUUUCUUUUUUUUAUUAUUUGAAAGUUGGGAAUUGAAAUGGGUAUGUCUAGUACCUAACUCCUUGAUUGGUACUAAAACCAUCAAGGUGGAAGGUGCAAAGAAUUUGAUUAUCCCAGUGUAGUUUAGUAUGAAUAUAUUCAGAUUUUUUUUUUGAGUCUAACAAUGA